AUGGCGGUCUUCUUACCAAAACAUCUCAUCCUAUGUUUCUCUAUCAUGUUCUUCAUCAGUAUUACUAUUACUUCAGUUGUAGAGUCUCACAUUGAUGAAUCAAGCUUGGGUUUUAUGAGUGAGGCUUUAGAAUGGCCAACUUCCAAUGCAAAUCUCUAUGAAGAAGUAGAUGAUGGUUUUGGCAGCGAAGAAGGAGAAAGCAAAGCUGAUAGAAGAUCUCUGUUUUGGAGAAGAGUGCAUUACUACAUUUCUUAUGGUGCUCUUUCUGCUAAUAGGAUUCCAUGUCCACCUCGUUCAGGAAGAUCUUAUUAUACUCAUAACUGUUAUAAAGCUAGAGGCAUCGCUCAUCCUUACUCCAGAGGUUGUUCCAAAAUCACUCGUUGCAGAAGAUAA